AAUACAGCUAACCCUAGCUUUCGCCCCUUUUUCGUUUUAGCCGCGUUUUCCAAUCUCGAUCCCCUUUUCCUCCCUCUCUCGAUUCGGCCUUCACUUUUUCUGGAAUCGUCGAAUCGUCGCUGCCUUCUUCUAGAUCUUGUUCUUCUGCAUCGAUCGAUCCCAAUUUUGGCCUUUCGGUGUUCGUUGUCUGAUUUUAGGGUUUCCGUCGCCCAAUAUUCUUGAUCUAUUUUUCCCAAUUCGGGAUCUGAAAAAAUUAUCGAUUCUUUGCUUUGUUAGGUUCCUGGUCUUGUUCUCCUCGUUUUGUUUUCUCCGAUUUUGUAAAUUAUUUUUGGUCAACGUGUAUUUGAUUUUUGUUCGUUCCUUCAAUUACCUUGUUUGCGUUGUUAGAUCUCGUGUCGCGUGACCUGAUUCGACUCGAAUCGUAAUAAUUGUCAAUCGAUUAUACGUUUUCCUUUCGUUCUGGUUGGAAAUUGAAUUUUCUAGGGUUAGGGUUUCCAUAAUUUGGGGCUUUUCUUGUUUCCUUGAAAUUCUUGGUGGGAAGGAUCAAUUCCUUUGAUCAAUUAAGGUUUCCCUGUUUGAUUACUCCCAAUUAGAGCUAUUAUUGCCUGAUUCAGCAGUCUGCCAUAUAUUUGUACGACAGUGUUUUAAGGUAAUCAUGGUGCAGAAGCGUCCAUUUGAUGCUGAGGAGAUGCUCGAGGUUUCCUUCAAACACCCGAAACAUGCAGAACCCAGUGAUCAGCUUGUUUCAUUUUCUGAAUCUGUUUUUCCUGAUGAUGAUUGCCACACCCAUAUGCCUCAAACUUCAGAGGGCGGAUGUGGGCAAGGUAGUAAUGAAGGUAUUGAGAAGCUUGCUGGUGAAAGUAUCGGUAAAGGCCCUAGAGGGGCCGAGGACUCUGAAGCUAGUUUUCCUGUAGCUUGGGCUACCAGUAGCACUACUGAACAAGUUGUCAAGUCAGAGUCACCUGUUCAUCUUGCUCUUUUUCCUGAGUAUUUCCAUUCAGAACCAUCUGUACAUGUUGCUCUUUUCCCUGAGUAUUUCAGUCCAGAGAAACCAUUUAGGACGUUGGCUCGCUAUGAGGACAUCUAUUCCAUACUCAUUGAAAAUCCUCCUCGCAAACUUGUAUCUAUGGGAGCUAACCAUCAGGCUGAUAUUCCAGUUUGGGAUUCUUCGGUUGCUAUUGACAGACCAAAUGCCUCUGAAGAUGUCUCCAAUCUAGGCUUCCCCAUUGGAGAUGAAGAUGAGAAAAGGCUGAUGGGGACAUGUAUAAUCCCAAUGCCUCAGAUGGAGUUGUCUUCUGACAAUGAUGACGUUGGAAAGGGCAGAACCAAUUGUUGGUGUGAAGAUAGAGGAUCCAUCAGAUGUGUUAGACAGCAUAUAGCAGAAGAAAGAGAAAGACUUUUGAAAGAGUUUGGGCAUGAGAAGUUUGAUGAAUUGGGGUUCAAUGACAUGGGAGAACGUGUGGCAGAAAAAUGGAGUGCAGAAGAAGAACGCCUAUUUCAUGAAGUUGUCUUCAAUAAUCCAGUAUCCCUUGGCAAGAAUUUCUGGCACUAUCUCUCCAUUGCUCUCCCUUCACGAAGCAAAAAAGAAAUAGUUAGUUACUACUUUAACGUCUUCAUGCUUCGAAAGCGGGCAGAGCAGAACAGAAACGACGCCUUGAGCAUUGACAGUGAUAAUGAUGAAUGGCAAGGUAGUGAUGGCAUUGACAUUGCAACUCGAGAGGAAGAUGAGGAUGACUCUGUUGUAGAUUCUCCAGUCGAUCAGAAUGAUAUUGGUUUUACCAGCUGCCAUGAAAAUGAUCAAGUUGAUUAUGAUGAUGAAUUUGCUGCAGAUGAAAUUUGUGCUGUUAAUGGAACCGUAGAUUUGACCGAAAGGAACAUUGAUGAUGAGGAUGAUUCUAAAUAUGAUGCUGUGUCUGUGGGGAGAAGCACUGUCACAAACCGAUUCUGUCCUCCAAUACAACCUCAUGAUGCUGAAGGUGAUCAAUGGUGUGGUAACUAUAAUGAGGUGGCAAGUAAUGGCUAUAGCAAUGGCCAUGUGUUGGAGCCUUGCGAUGCAAAAGUGUGGGAUCCUGCAUUUUUGUCUUGCUCUAAAAGUAAGAUUGACUUCUUGCCCACUUGCAACAUGAUAGAAGAAAUCUUUGGAGAUGGAAGAAGGCAAGACAUGAGAAAAGGUUGAAUUGAUCCUAGGCUUUUGUUUGAAGUAAAUCUCAGCUUAUCAAUUUUUGCUGGGUAAUGAGACUUCAAAUUUUUCCUUUGUAUAUGUGACAUAAGAAUGAAAAUAUAACCUUCUUUGUAAAAUUGAUUUGGAAGGUUAUUUGGUUUUUCCGGUUAUGUCCCAUUUAUUCUUUCUUUUUUUCUUUUUCUUUUUCUUUUUCUUUUCCCUCUUAAGUCCUUAAGGAACUGUAAACUUCAUAUUCCUUAAUUUAAUUAUAGUUUCCUCGUUAGGGUGGAAUAUUUUCAAGGGGGAUAAUAGUUAGCUGAGAAAAAAGAACUAUCUCGGUUCUAACUUCCAAGAGUUAUCUUAUCUCAUGAUGUAAUUUUCUCUUACCACAAUCUUUAAUGAAAAUUCCAGCUGUUACAUC